GUGGGUGCCAGGCUUGCACUCUAAUCCUCCCCACAAGGAAUCGUUGCCAAAAAGUAAUGGGUUUGCUUCAAAGCCAACCGAAUCUCACUCGUUUCCUCCCCUCCUCAAACUUCUUACAUUGCACCUCUCUCUCUCUCUCUCUCUCUCUCUCUAAACACAUACAUCUUUGUCAUAAAUCAUAAUAUAUAGUAUUGCCUAUAUAUAUCAAUUCCAAGGUUGCAAAUGCAAUAGAAGAUUGGCGCACACAUUCACUGUUCACAGUGCACCUUUUAAAAACUACUAUCAAACAACCACCUCUCUCUCUCUCUCUCUCUCUCUCUCUCUCUCUCUUAGAAGGUGUAGAUAUGGAGGUUCAAGAGGAAGCUAUGUUGUCCAAAGAUAACACACAAAUUAUAAAAGGAAAGCGAACCAAGCGGCCUAGACAAGCCUCUCCUCUAGCCUUAACCAUGUCCUCCACCUCAUCAAGCAUAGCAGAAGGCGGCAGCAGUGGUGGUGGUGGGGGCAGUGUUAGCGAUAAUUCAGGUGGUGCCGCCACUUCCCACACCAAUUCAGGUGAAUUCACCGACACCACAGUAGAAGAGGAGCAUGACAUGGCCAAUUGUCUAAUUCUUUUGGCUCAAGGCCAAAACACUAAAUCACCUGAGCCAGUGGUGGCACCAACAACAACAAGAAGCAAGGCCACCGGGCUUGAUCUCUAUGAGUGCAAGACGUGUAACCGGUGCUUCUCUUCGUUCCAAGCCCUAGGCGGCCACAGAGCGAGUCACAAGAAACCCAAGGCCAUGGGAGAAGAAAAUAAGAAGCCAUUAAUGGUGUUCAUGAAAGAAAGUGAUCAAGAUCGAGCUCAUGACUACGAAAGUACAGCCCUUUCGCUUCAAAUCCCAAAUAGGGUUAUGCCCACUACUCAAAAUAAAUCUAGGGUUCAUGAGUGCUCGGUCUGUGGUGCUGAGUUUUCGUCCGGUCAAGCUCUUGGAGGUCACAUGAGGCGGCACAGGACCAUGAACAGCCCUGCUGAGUCGCCAGAAGUUAAGAAACCAAGAGCCGUGCUAUCCUUGGAUCUUAAUCUUCCGGCGCCUGAAGAUGAUCACCGGGAAUCUAAAUUUCCUUUUGGUUCUAAAGAACAAGUUAUCGUCUUCUCCGCAAAUUCUUUGGUAGAUUGUCAUAACUGAAUUGGAUAGCCUCCCUGGAUUUGGCUCAUGAGCCAAGAUCAUUGUGAAUUAUUGACAUUUAUUCUUUUUUUAGUAUACUUUUUCAUAAUUGUAAUUCAUUCUUUGAAUUCUUUACAGUUUUAAAUUGAUCAUCUAGUUGAAUUAAUUCUUUAAA